CGGCUGUUUUGUCGUUUGUGCAUCUGUUGCCAGCGGGCCUGCCCUGCCUUGCCACAGGCCCAGCCACACAGCAGCCAACUGCCGCCGCUGCUCUGCCCGUUUGUUGGUCGUUCGUCGUACGCGCGCUCGCUCGCUCGCCACGCGCGUACCGAAGCCAAGUACUUUGCCGGCGUAGGGAGAGGAAGACACGAGCGGCGUUUUUGUCACACGGGCGUGCAACGUAGCCAGCCAGCCAGCAGCGGCAGCACCUCAGCGGUAAACUUUUGUUGCCUCUGUGCAAGCACCCGGACGCAAGCCUCGGCGACUUUUGAAACCCCGAGGGAUUUGGAGACACACAGAGAGAAGAGAAGAAAGGGUGGAAAGUGCGUGUGUGCGUGAUUGUCGUGCUUUUUUUUUUUGUGAGACCCACAAAACCGCGCGAUCAAGCGGGACCCGGCAGCUAUGGGUUAGACUACCGAAAGAAGUAUUUUUCGCUGCGAAGUUGAAUCGCGCUGAGCGAUUGUUUCCUUUCUUUCUUUUUUCUUUUCUUUCCUCUUAUUCUUUUAUUGUGUUCUCUUGCUGUCCUUUAGCUCAAGGUUCUGUUGCCGGUUUCUUUGCGGUCGACUGUGUGUUUAUCGUCGCGUUAUCUUUGCGCCGACUGCCCUUCUUCAGCUGGGAGGGAAAGAAAGCCGAAGAAAAAAGGAACAAGAGCAGUUUGUGUUCGUCGACAGUGUCUGCUGGAAAGUGAAAAAAAAAAAAAAACAUAAAAACAGGAAAAGAAGAAAAAUAUUGUCAGGGGAGUUCGUUCGUUCGGCUUCGCCGUAGUCGUCGUCGUGUUGCUCCGUGGCUCUACAGGUGGUUUUUGUGCUAGGCGCGCGCGCGCCGCGCGCCUGUGUGUUUUUUUUCUUCUAGUGCGCGCGCCGCCGCGCCGCUUGUGUGUGUGCGCGUCCUACAGUGUUCUGCGGAGAGUUAGUACGGCACGGGCGUACUUUGAAUCAGCGACGUCGUCGUCGAGAAACAUCGUGUGAUGGGUGUUGCUUGAUGCUUCGUGGCGGAUAGCAGCGACGUGCGCAGGGCCCCCCUAUCUCUUCGGCUCGACCUCCUCUGCGACUAUAGUGUGUGCUGCGGCGCGGAGUGUUGUGUGUGUGUGUGUGCGUUUGUGUGUGCGUGCGCGCUCGCGCCGUCGUAGUCGAAAAAAAAAAAGAAGAAAAAAACAUGAUAUCGGCGGCCUCUCGAAGGCGUCGUCGUCGUAGUCGUCCAAGCUCGACUGCCGCCGCCGCUCUGUGCUACCUUCGACGGCGUUACGUUGCCGCCAGCGCUGGUGGCUGUUCGCGGCGGCCCACAUGACGUGUUGUGCUGGUGACGCUACUAUGAUAGCCGGCGCGAGGAAUUCGUACGUCGAGCCGACCAAGUCAACCGCCGCCGUCAGCCCGAAGCGAACCGGCGAGGGGAUAGUGACGCGUCUCUGAAAAGAAAAGAGAAAGAAAUCGGCGACAACAAGACCCGAGCCCCGCCAGGAGCCGGUGCCAUGGGACCGGGCGGCGGGGUACCAGCGGCGCCUCUCAGGCUCCUGGUACCCCUCCUGCUGCUGCUGCCGCCUCUGCUGCUCCUGCUGGCGCCGUGCGUGUCGCUGAUACGCGCCGACGACUCGUCGACGAGCCCGAACUCCCUGCCGUUGUCGUCGUCGCCGGCGACGAAUGCGUCCGCGACGACCGCGGACGUCCUCGGAACGGUGCCGUCCGGAAGUCCGCUGGCCCGCGGAGACCCGGUGACAGACCUGUCCUGGGCCGUCAACCGAUCCCCGUCGCCCUCCGUGGAGGUGAGGGUGGGUUCGACGGAAGGGGACGUCGCGGUGAAGGCGAGCAGUGACACGGCACACCAGCCCGUACAGGCGGCGCCGUCUAACCCGGUGACGCCCGCGGCGGCGGCCGGCACGGCGACGCCGACGACGACGACGCCGGUGGCCGAGCGCAAACAACUGCUCGUCGCCUACCUGAGCAACGUGGCCGGCACGGACAACUUGCGUCGCCAGGGCCUGGUGGUGUCGGGCGCCAUGAAGUACGCCGUGGAGCUGGUGAACCGGAACCGCUCGAUCCCGGGAUACCGGAUGGAGAUGAUGUACCGCGACACCCGGGGCGAGAUGCUCCACGGCACCCGGGCGGUGCUGGACUGCUGGAAGGGCGGCGCCAUCGCCUUCUUCGGACCGGAGGACUCCUGCUACGUCGAGGCGGCCGUGGCGGCCUCGCUCAACCUGCCCAUGAUCUCAUACAAAUGCUCGGAUGCCAACGUUGCGAACAUCGAGAACACCACAUUUGCCCGCACCGUACCUUCCGCUGCUCUGGUCGUCCGCAGCGUGACGGCCCUUCUGCGCUACUACAACUGGCGCAAGUUCAGCAUCGUCCAAGAGAACUCGCUCGGAUACGAGACCGUGGCCCACUCCCUAGAGACCCGCAUCAAAGAGGAGAAGGGCUUCACCAUCAACUCGAGGAACGUGUUCAACUCGGACCUGAGCUGCUGCGAGCAGAAGCUGCCCUGCUGCCAGACCGCCAUGACCAAGAUGCUGGACGAGACGUACCGCAAAACGCGCAUCUACGUGUACUUGGGCAACUACCGGGACCUGCAGACGUUGCUCAUCGCCAUGAGGAUGCGGGGUCUGACGGACAAGGCCGAGUACUUGGUCAUCAUGAUCGACCACGACAUCCACUCGUGGGAGGACUUCAACUUGAAUUUUUUCGGGAAGGUUCCCGAGAAGGACAUUCGUGCCCUGAGUGACGCGUGCAGUCAGCUGAUGGUGAUCCUGCCCAGGCCGCCCGCUGGCGACUCGUACUCGGAAUUUAUCGAGAAAGUGCGAGAGUACAACCAGAAGGAGCCGUUCAACUUUCCUCCUGGACCGGCCAUCUUCAAGAAGCACAUCACGGAGUAUGCGUCGUACCUGUACGACUCGGUGAUGCUGUACGCCGACGCCGUGACUGCUCUGAUCCGCAAGAACCACAGCAUCACCGACGGCCGAGCCGUCAUUCGGGAGAUCAUAGGCAGGAAACGCUACAAGAGUGUGACUACCGCCGAGAUGAGUAUCACGCCCAAGGGCGACUGUGAGGGCAACUACACGGUGCUCGCCUUCCUGCCCGUGUCUGACGAGGCUGCCACCAGGGUGCGCGACCGGCUGGCCAGCGCCCGUCGGGCUUCGCACGUGGUCAUAGAGCGGCUCUUCCAGCCCGUCGGCGGCUUCAAGUACGUCGACGAUGAGACGGCCGAGUUCGAGCUGAGUACCAACAGCACCCUUCUCUGGAAGGGCGGACAGCCACCUCUGGAAGAGCCGCCGUGCGGCUACGACGGUUCUGGUUGCAUUGCACCGCUGGAUAAUCGGCGAGAGAUACUAGCCAGUGUGCUCGGUGUCCUGCUCAUUCUGGUGUCCGUGUUCGCAACGGUCGUUUACAGGAACUGGAAGUACGAGCAGGAGAUCGCAGGUCUCCUCUGGAUGAUUGACAAGCGGGAGCUGGAGCCCCUGACCACCUUGACUGGCCCAAAGCACGGAAUAAGCAAGCUCAGCCUGAUCAGCCAGAUGGUGAGCGACUCCCGAAUGAUGAACCUGUCCGGGGACACGUACCGCUACCGAGGCACCAUGACAUACGUGAAGAAGCUCGUCUACCACCGCCGGUCGGCCGACAUCCCGCGAGCAGUCAAGAAGGAGAUGAAACUGAUGCGCGAGCUGCACCACGAGAACCUGAACCCUUUCGUGGGAGCCUGCGUGGAGCCCAACUGCAUCUACGCCGUCUCCGAGCUGUGCGUCAAAGGAAACCUGCAGGACAUUCUGGAGAAUGACGUCAUAAAGUUGGACAACAUGUUCAUCGCUUCGUUCGUUUUCGACAUCAUAAAGGGCCUGCGCUACCUGCACGAGAGCGACCUGCGGGUGCACGGGAACCUCAGGUCGACCAACGUGCUCGUCACCAACCUGUGGGUGCUGCGACUCACGAAUUUCGGCCUGCUCGAGCUGCGUUCCACUAAUGCGGCGGCGCGCGCAAGCAGGGACGACAAGGAGGACUACCAACUGUACCGCAGCCAGCUCUGGCGAUCGCCCGAGGUACUCCGUAACCCGUCACACUACCCGCGCGGAAGCCAGAAGGAUGACAUGUAUGCAUUCGCCAUCAUUCUGCACGAGAUCAUCGGCCGCCAGGGCCCCUGGGGCAGCACGCGACUCGAACCCAAAGCAAUCAUAGACAAAGUGAAGGCUGGCGGCGACCCACCGUUCCGGCCGCCGGUGUCGGACCUGCAGUGCCAGGACUACGUGCUGAGUGUCAUCGCCGACUGCUGGGCAGAGAAGUGUGAUGCGCGGCCCGAACUGAGCCAGGUGCAGGAGCGCCUCAAGAAGAUGCGUCAGGGCAUGAAGCCCAACAUCAUGGACAACCUGAUGGCCCUGAUGGAGAAGUAUGCCAACAACUUGGAGGAGCUGGUGACCGAGCGGACCUGCCUUUUGGAGGAGGAGAAAAAGAAAACGGAGGCCCUACUACAUCGCAUGCUGCCAAAGACCGUAGCUCUCCAGCUGAUGCGGGGUCAGAUGGUGGUGCCCGAGUCCUUUGAUUCCGUCACCAUCUACUUCAGCGACAUUGUUGGCUUCACUGAGAUGUCGGCCACUAGCACGCCACUAGAGGUGGUGAACUUCCUAAACGAGUUGUACACAUGCUUCGACUCGAUCAUCCGCCACUACGACGUCUACAAGGUGGAGACCAUUGGCGACGCUUACAUGGUGGUCAGCGGGCUGCCCGAGCGCAACGGCGACGCGCACGCCCGUGAGGUGGCCUCCAUGGCGCUCGAGAUCCUGGAUGCCGUGCGUCACUUCACCAUACGGCACCGGCCCGGAGCGACGCUCAAGCUGCGCAUCGGCAUCCACUCGGGACCCGUGGUCGCCGGUGUGGUUGGGCUCACCAUGCCCCGGUACUGCCUCUUCGGCGACACUGUAAACACCGCAUCUCGCAUGGAGUCCAACGGUGAAGCACUAAAGAUUCACAUCAGCAGCCAGUGUAGGGACCUACUUGUAAAGAUUGGAGGAUAUGACAUUGCUGACCGAGGCCUUGUAAAAAUGAAGGGCAAAGGCGAGCUGCGCACCUAUUGGCUGCUGGGCCACAAGGCGGGACCUCAGCAUCGCCGUGGCGAUGGCAACCAGUUCUUGCCGGCGCCGCUGUUCAAUGUGGGUGACGGUGGCACGGUGGGGGGUGCCACAGCGGGGCCCCACCGGAGCCCCAAGACAGAGGGCCUGCCUCGGCGAGGGUCACUCAUCCCCAAGCUGCCGGACCACGACACUGACCUGCUGGGCACAGCCCUUAUGAAUGGCUCCGUGAUGGGUGGCAUUCAGGCCCUACACCGACUAAAGCAGGACAGUCCGGGCAUUCUGCGUCCCAAGCCAUCGCGGGAGUCUUCGUUCACGCACAAAGGCCCUCGGCGGCACGACUUCUACGAGGCCCAAUCGUCGCGCACAAACAGCGUGGCCGACCUCGACGGCAGUGGCCUCAUAUUGCCGCGGCGGAACGAGUCGACGCUGUCGCCUUGCACGAAGGACGAGUUCGGCUGCUCGAACCCGGAUCUGGCUGUGCUCAGGGCUCGCCAGUGGGCUGCCGACCGCGGCAAGAACGGGCUCAAGAGCCUGGACGAAAGCGCCCGGCCCCUGCUUCGCGACGCGUCGACCAACUGCAACGGCAACGGCGGAGGCCACCUGUUGUCGCUCGCUGAGGACGCCGCCAAGCGGUGGCGCUCGUGCGAUGAGAUUGCGGCGCUCGCGCCUGCCCGCGACAAGCUGAAGAAAGUGUUCACUGGCCUGCUGCGUACGGGUGCAUCGCGCGAGAAGUCGCGAGACUGGGACUCGACGACGGCGGACACGGGCGGAGGACUGCCCAGGUUCGUGUGCGAGACUGCGGAGGACACGACGGAGAGCAUCGUCUGAGCGUGACUUUAGCGUUGUGUGGACCCUUGCCGUCGUUAUUCGAUGAACCGUCCUUUAAGGGAACAGUCCAUAUACAGUCAAGGCCAGUGCCAUAAGCAAUGCACUCCUUCCCUUCGCCAACCCAUGACAGGUUGGCACCGACACAGGGAAUCGAAGGCCUGUAUGCGUGAGCUUUCACCAGCUCCAUGCACCGCACCAGCCAGAGUUCAAGUGUGGGAGGACCUCAAGCGUGGGAAACCUUCCAUACAGGCGUGUGCCAUUGGCAUAUGUUGUUUUUAUUAAGUGACAAUUUUAGCAAUUCAAGGCCCGUAGGCAUCAGAAGGUGCUGGUUACUUCUGGUAAAUUGAAUAGGAACAUUGAACCCAUUACGGGAACUCGUCGCAAGAGCUAGAGAGAUAAACGCCUGUUUUUCCUCAACGGCGUACCACAGAUGCUACCAUGCUUGGUAAUUGAAAACCUGCAGAUCCGUCAAAGCACUUUCUAGAUUGCUUCUGGUAAUCACCGUGAGCAUCUUUUCUUGCUCGCUGCCUAAAGGGCUAUGAAGAUUUCUUUGAAAUUUGCGUAGCUUUUUCGAGUGACACGAGCAGGACUAUAUUGUGUGGAAUAUUCUUCAACUUGCGACACCGCUGACAGUGGCAAGCAGCCAUUUGAUGCACGGGCCGCCCAUACUGUACAGUUAGGUCUAUUCUACGCAACUAUUUGCUCUGCAGCCAGAAAUGAAAUGGCGGCUCCCAGCAGUGCUGGAAGUAAGGAGAGCUGCAUUGGCCGUAGUUGUACAGUUGAAGUAAAGCGUCUUGGGCUUCCAUGACAGUGGCUUAGAGUUCUUUCCUCACCGUUUUAAGAUGCAAGUGGAACUUCCGAAGAUGUGUAGUACUUCUUUUUAAACUCCAGUGACAAAUGAAGAUACCGCCUCGCUUCAUGAAAAUAGGGGAGGCUUGACAAAUACGUCACUGUAAAGUGAGAAGAAAACAUUGAGUAAUGUGGGUGCUUUGAGGACGGCGGCUCUGAACAAACUGUUUAUAGGUCGCUGUACGUGUUGUGCCGUCGGCUCAUCGGGACCGAGUUUUAUUAUGGUGGCGAUGGCCCGGACUUUUGUGCCAUCUUGACUGCUAGGCCAGCACAGCAACUGUCGCACUUCUAGCCGUGUCAAGGAAAACCGGGACAAUCCCUGUGGAAGAGUCAGUGUGUUACAAGUUACCUUUGGCGUCUACAUUCCUGAGAGACGAGUGUGUCGUUCGCCGAGUUAUGUGCGGCAUGCCUGCGUUCCAGCUCCGCCAUGGAAAUGGUGACGAGUUGCGAUUCGUGGAGCAAUGGCGUGUGCAUCCGACACAAAUAACAAGUGCCACAAAACAAAUGUUAUGUGCCACGCUGAGUGGAACAUUUUUUUUUUUUUUAACUGUGGACACAGCAUUUGUGAAGUCAACCUUGCGAGUUGUCCUUUUUUUGCGUGUGUGUGCACGACAGAUUUUUUUGCCAAAAAUGUGCCUGCAUGGUUUCUUAAAAGAGCAUAUCAUGCAGCUGAGCACUGUGCUUCCGGAGCCAUUUAUUUUUUUUUCACACACGCACACAAACUCUUUGACCCGUGUGAAUGGCCGCGUAUGCAUCAACGUGCUGGGAGCACCUGAUAGUGUCAAAGCUCGGAAGUGUUUAGAGUUUUGUGUUUCUAAUUUUUUUCUUUUUUUUGUGUUCUUCCGGUAUUGCCGCGUUGAUAUGUCACCGACUUCUCGGUGCAUGUCAUCUGAAUGUACCAUGAACAAUUUAACAAAUAACUUGUUUAAUUUUUAUCCCCCUACCUUUUUUUUUUUACUUGUGUGUCAAACUGCAUCCUCAUUCCAAGUCAGACGAAUGAACAAGUGUGUUUCCAUGUCUGUUGUACUAUUUUCAACAAUAUUUUGUUCGCGUCAUCCCGCAGCAGUACUGCAAGAGCUGCAGUUGGAGAACGUAAGUUGAGCUUAGUGUCAGUCUCGAAAAUGCAUUUCCCGCAGUCUUUUAUUCAUAGUCACCUUUUUCUUUAAUUUGUCCGUAGAAUGUGAGGACUUCGUUUCGCUGUUUGGCGUCAACCGAAGCGUUGUAUUUAAUGUUUCUUGUGUGGGUUCCCUGUGUGCUUAUGAGAAAUGUGAAUCAGUUUUGUGUGUCUGUGAGCACGUCGUGUUCUCAAUUAUGGGAUUAGUACCUGAAAGGCAAGAGAAGAAUCAAAGUUGUUGUUUUUUCUUCUUUUUUUUUUCUAGAAAGGCGUGAUUUGUUUUGACGAUCGCGGUGAUAGAAACAGGCAGAAUGCUUGUUUAGAACAACUGUUCCUCGUUAGCAGCAGGUACCAAGACAUCCAGAAUACAUUGGCUCUUUGAUGCUUUAUUUAGGCUGCAAACAAAGCGCUCAGAUUUGUAUUGCGUGAGAGCAAGAAUUUCCAUGCCUUUUAUGGCCCGGCGAGCUGAGUGCAAAUUUUGUGCCUAGUAUUUAUGAGAAAAGCUUCUGCUGUGAGCCGAAUUCAACUAUAUUACAGAGAGAGUACAUUGCAGUGCACUCAUUAAACUGCACGAGGCAAAUUUUCUUUUCCUGCUUAUGCGAAGAAUGGAUGCUAAGCAUAAGAACUGUUAGCAGGCGCAUAACAUUCUUGUUCUUGCUUCUGAACCCAGGUAGGUGAUUCAUAAGAAAAAGAAAACAUCUCGCAUAAUUCGUGAAAAGCUUUAACGUAUUGCAACUUCUCCCGAAAAACGCGCAUUUACUUACUGUUGUCUUAUUCCCACUGCAUCUCUCAGCAUGCAAGUUCGUUUCUCAACUCUGAAAGCGCCGAAAAGAUGUGCUAAUCGCCACUACUUUCCUUGCUUGCAACUUGACGUUGUACCUGCUAGGCCAAGUUAUGAGCGAUAGCUUGAAGGCAAACAUGUCAAACGUACCGAGAGCCUUACUGCUCGGCAGGUAUUUCGUGCAAUUAUUUUUGUUGCAUAAUGCUCGGUUUGUUGGCUCACUUACUGCAGGCUUGAAAAAGUAAACUGUGUGUGAUGUCCUCGCAAAACACUCCAAGCCACAAGAAAUUUUGAGUAUGAGUUCCUUUGUGUAGAAUUCAUUCAAUGGCAUCAUGCAGUGCACAACGAUUUAGGUGUAGUCAACGUCUAGCUAAAAAUUGUACGUAAACAUUAUUUUCUGUUCAGAAAGCACUUACCCUGCCAUUGCAUAGUACUGCAGACUAUGCAUACUUCAUGAUGAGUAAAACGUUUUCUUGGGUGAGUUGCUUCAUAAGUGAGAAGGAAAAAGAGUAGCUCAAUAUAAACAAACGAGACAGUUCUGUGUGCUCGUGUCGUUGUCCCUGUUUCUUUUGCGCUACCGUUUUCCCUUCUCAUUCGUGAUGAGGCAAGCAUAACGUUGAGAAUCUGAAAUGAAACUGCUUACUUAAAAAAGACGGCAGGCAUGGUGCUUGAGUACUUAAUUGCAAAGAGUGGCGACAUCAUCUCUUUGGGCCUGUAGCCAGACUUGUUGCAAUGGUGGCUUUCACAUUUUAUGCAAAGCUCAUCAAACGCUUAAGUUCAGGGCAAGUGCAGCUAUGUCAUCAGGAAGGCUAACCAUUGCUUUCAGCAAGAUUUAGUACAUCGCAGUAGUUUGCUCAUCAUGCAAGGAGCAUGGGCUCGUAGCUGCAUCAAUGGCGUCCAUGGCCAUUAUAAUGUGCACUAACAAUUCACAACCUUCAACUUUGUCUUCUGCAAAGCUCUAGGUUCUUUAGCACGAAGCAGUUUGUUUUUUGUUUAUUUUUCAUUAAGCCUAGCCGAAGUGCCAAGAGCAUGUGGCAGCUUUUCAUUUCACUAAUUGUUCACAGCAUAUGCCUUCUUUAGUGCCAUGAUACUUCAUAAUAAUUCGGGAAGUGCACCAGCACUUAAGUGUACUUGGCGAAUCUGACAAGAGUCGGUGUAAGGUUCAGACUUUUUGAUGCACAUCCAUAGCUCUGCAUAUAGUGUGCACACAAAGAAUUCAAGGGCUGCAGGAUUGGAAGAAUAAUGAUGCGAUAAUAAUUUAUGUAUCGGUAUAACAAUUUAAUAUUGUUGCACUAAUAAAGUGCAACAAUCUUGCAACAGUGAUUUCGAAGCUGGGUCGCAGCUCCGAUAUGCGAGACAAAAUGCAGUCAACCGAAAAAUAGAGCACUGUUGCAAAGGAUAGCGUUCUGCCUUUUCCGGUUCUUUAAUCAUGUUAAUGGGUGUGCAGAUAGUUCCCAAUUUCAAAUUCUCUGAUCAAAACCGAGAACCACAAACAAGAAUUUCAACUCCUUGCUGUCCUGUACUCACAGUCGAAACUUUUUGCAUACAGUUAGUAAACACUCUGACCCAGCCAGCAGCACUUUACAUGUUCUUGAGCAGAAGUCCUCAAAUAAUCCGGAAACGAGGAAAGAAAAAGAAAAAAGAAAGUAUGCACUGUUAAUUCGUCUUCUGCAACUCCUGCAUUUUCGUCAUUGUGCACACUUCUAGAAAAGAUUGAUUCUGAAGGAAAGUGUAUAUAUGUGAAGCUUAGAGGGAUGCCAUAACAUCCAUUGCCUUCUUCCCACUCAUUCUUUGCAUGACAGCCAACAUGGUAAACAAAUUGAAUUUCUAAGGACCUGAUCCAGGGGGUGAGAUAGACAUUGCUUCUGAUCAGAGAUGAGAGAGUUUUAUGUCUAGUUGCUGAAUUUAACGUGAUCUUUGUAUGCUGAUAGAUUGGAAGCUCCUGAAAUGCCUGUGACAAACCACUUUAUGUAGCAGAAGUGACAAAUCACUUUACGCAGCAGAAGUGAUAAUGCCGAGAUGGGGAUGGGGACUUGCGGAUUAAUGGCUUUGUAAUAGAGCUGGUAAAGGAUGGUAGCACUCAGUUAUAGAUUUGAUGUAAUACCAUCGUCUAAUGCAAGGUGUCAUCUUAUACUUAAGAGUUGGUGCAGACAUAGGAAAAUCACUAAUUCUGCUAGCGCGUUUUUUUAUCACUUUUUAGCAGGAGUCGUUCCAAGCUCUCCCAGCUAGUCAACAGUCCACCCGAAGUCGUCAGUAUAAAAACUUGAAUGGCGCCGACUGUAUACAUGUUUGCUCACCUGAGCACACAUGAAGUUAGGUUAUAUGGACUGCAGGAAAAGAGACCUACGGCUAAAUCACCUGCGUGGGGCUUGUAUCAGUGGAAAAUUGAGAUUUUAAAGUUUAAUUGUGUGCAGGGCGGCAAAGAAGGUCGGGUAACUUUUAAGUGAUUAUAUUCCAUGAGUUGGAGUGGUUAGCUUACUCGAUACUAUUCUCUAGAAUCGUCUUGCUGGUUUAUUUUAUCGCAGAGCAUCAUGUUAUGCUUUCAUGUGUGCGUGCAUUUAUGUGCGAGUGCUUAUCUGUGUGUGCGUGCCAGACGUUCUGUGUAUUAACAUGAAAGCGUCAGCUUGACAGCACUAGAGACAAGGACGAAGUAAAGGCACAUAAAAGGACGACGCUUUGCGCUGACUGACAACCGAUUUAUUUUUGCAACAUAAACAUUUAAAUACAUAAACUAUUUUUAAAUCGGAUGCCAGUUAGCACUGCGUGCUCUUCUUUUGUGUGCCUUUCCUUGUCCUUGCCCUGAUAGCGUUGUUUCCGCCUGUUUGGUGUGUUGAUCGAGGCCCCUUCACGUUGGCGAUGGUGUUUCUAAUACAUCUGUUGGAAAAAGUGCAGCGUUUGAGAUUUAUUCAUGCUUACCUGGGCUUUAGUGGAGACAGCAUUUAUCGACGCAAGUGCAAACACGGGAUGUGCAGUUAUGGGUAAGCUGUAGCUCCAAACCAACUUGGAAUUUCCUAUUAAAACACAUGUGAAGUGCAGAAAUUAUUUCAUUUGGCAACUACUGCUAUCUAAUGUUUUAAUAAUAUUUCUUGAACAUAAAGAUUGACUUGAAAUUUUGUUAUUUUAGGAAUACAGUGUAGACCACUUAUAACAUAAGUCACUGGAUUCGCGAAUGUCCGCAUUAUAAGCGAUACCGCACUAUAACCAAAACAACUAUUUUAUUGCGAUAGCAAUUAUAUGGACACUUCAGGCACAUUUCUAGCUGCCGUAGCUGUCGCCGCGAAGUUCCGUAUUAAGUCCAAAGGUCAAAGCGUGCGAGGGUAGUAUGUCAAAGCGUGUAAGGGUGAGCCGGUGAUCGCGUCUCAAUCUCGCACACGCAAGGGAGGAAAGCGGGAAAGUAGUACGCCGUCUUCCGUCGCGUGCAAGGCUCGGAGGGGGAGGGCUGCGUUUACUCUGAGCGCGCACCCCCGCCCGCAGGGGCGGGCGUGUGCAGAGAGCCGAGAGCCGCGGCAACGGACGUGCGCAGAGAGGGGGAGGCGACGGCGUGCUUUCGAUGGACGUGCUAAUGGAGACGGACGUGCUUUCGAGCGCUCCCGCCAUUACAUCAUUCUACCAGCAUCUCGUGAGGAAUGCUGGGAUGCGUGGCCGGCGCGGCUUGGUGCGCCGGGCGAAAAAUAUGAACGGAGCUAUUCACGUGCCAGCAACGUUGGAACAUGCCCGAUGGCGAGAGACACGCUGGUUGUUCGCCACCUUGAUGUCGCGGAGCUCGAUGUGCGCACUCGUGUUACGUUGGAGUAUAUCUGCGGCUUGAGGGGAGCAUGCGCCGUACUAUAUCCGGUCCUGCACUAUAAGCGGUUACGUUAUAAGUGGUCUAUACUGUAUAUUUUUUAUGAAUGCCCUCGAAUGUUUUCAUAAAUUCCUGAAAAUUUUUUAAAUUUCAAUGAGGAAAGAUAAAAGCACCAAGUUCAGAAAUCUUCUAAUCAUCACGAAAACGCUUGUAGUGGUUCAGUGAACUAAAUCUGUUAUAUCGUAUAUAGCCAUAAAUAUAUCUAGGGUAUUAAUUUUCUUAUUACAAGAAAAGGUCUCACUCUGAUUACUUUGUUUCUCAGAAGCCGAGAGUAUCAAUUUUGCCUUUUUUUUGGUAUCCUAAUAAAUACAGCUUACCAGAUCGUAAUGUAUUUGUUGUGGAGUUAUAGAACUGGGGGGAACUCAAUGCUUCAAUUUUUUUUCCUUUAAUUUUUUUUCAUGAUUUUCGUAAAAAAGUUCGAUGAACUUAAUGCAAAAAAUCUGCGUCUUUCAGAUGCUUGAAUUGAUCUUUUUCUUUUAAACCUCAUAAUUUUUAUCCAGAUCACUUCUGCAGUUGCCAUAUGAUAGCAUUUCUGCUUUUCAUGUGUAUUUGAAUAUAGCUGGCCCAAACUGAAGCUUCCUGAAGUGUACAAGGUCGUUAAGCAAAAAGCAGCAUUGUCGGUCAAAUGAGAGGACCUUCUUUUGGUUCUUUGUGUAGCCUUUGAUGCCAAAAGAGCUUUGUGCCUGCUUCCUUAGGUAAAAUUCAAAUGUUUUACAUAAAAGCAAGAAAAGGAGGCAAACUGUGUCGAUGAAGGAUGGUAAGCCUUCAACGUUCAAUUCAUGUUACAGGUAUACUUUUUGUCUGCUUCAAGUAUUGUGGAUUUUCUUGCGAUCACCAAACUUUACCGCAUUUUUCUGCCAUGUAUGUCUCACAUUUUUAUGAAGCAUUGGGAUUUGAGACAAAAUGAUAAUUUCUUCGGACGAAGCGUCAUAACAGUGUUUGAAUCAGAAUUUGGAUAAUAAUUGCCAAUAUGGCUCUCAACAAAAUUUUAUAACUUUCUUUUUUUCAAUCGGUGAUUUUAGGGGGUAUGUCGUAAUUACGAGAAUGACAUGGGACAGUACACAAUGCAUAGUUUACACUAGAAACUUUGUCUUACAUGACUUUUGAGAAAUAUAAGCACACAAUAUCAGCAGCAAAAUGUGCCACUGCUCCGCUUAAUCAUGUAAUGCCUAUCACAUCCUUCUUUCUAUGCUGUGUCAAUAUAUUUCAAAAUUCUGAUUUUAGCGCAGAAAAUGUAACACGUACCAUAUAUUAGCGUUUUUGAUAUGCUGGAGUGAGCUUUCCAUCGAGUGAAUUACUAAUUCUGUUCUACACAGAAUAAGUUCUUGGUCAAAAAAAGUUUUUGUCCCACCAAUUUACUCUGUAAAUUAGGGCUUCAUGAUUCAGAACAUUGUUUUGGCAUUACAUAGUUAAUAUGUCUCGCUAGUGUGAAAAAUGCAGCGUGGAAAACUCUUAAAUCACACUUUCAGUAAAACGAUAGGGAAGCUGUCAAGUUUGAAGUGAUUCACUGAAAGCAGUGCACAAACAGGCAGAACACAUCCCUGUUCUCGUGAGCUUCAUCCUCUGUUCCUUCCUAAUCAUUCAUUUACGUGCUGCUUAUGCAUUUCCCGUAAAAAUUUCUUAUGACAAAUAUGCCACAUACCCAAUAAUCUUGUAUAACAAACAUACAUAAACGCGUGUUCUUGUAUGAUCGUAUGAGAUUAUUGAGUAUACAUGCCAUCGUACAUGCUGAUUAUGACGUUAUUGGAUAUGCAGAAUAUGUGUGUCAUAUGAGAUUUCUUUGAUGAGGUAUGGAGCGCAUUUUUAGUCCUCAUAUCCUGAAUCUGCUGCUAUAGCAGCAGUCCUGAGACUUCAGUUAUGCAACUACAACGUACCCCAUAAAAUCAAGAAUUAAGGAAUGGUAAUUAGGGUAAUUGCGUUAAUAAUUGUUCUGGCAAUUUUGCGAAAACUUUGGUGUUCACUGUGUGAAGCUUCGUCAGCAAAAAAUUAUCACUCUGUCUCAAAUAUCGCCUAUCAUUUAAUAAUCUGAGAUGGUCGUCGCAAGAAGCAUGUGGUAUAUAGUAUAUAAUUUGAGCGACAGUGGUGAAUUGAUAUUUGUCGUCUGCCAAGCGCAUGACCCAGCGUCCGCACUUGGGACGUUUAGUAAGAAGAGCAUUAAGAGACGAGGAAAAAAUAUAUAUUAAAGAAAAUGUGUGUGUAAGUGCCAAAUGCACACUAUAUUUUUUUUUCUUUUCUUCAUGGGGUGACUUCUGUGAUACGAGUUACACGUUAAGAGUUUUGAAUGUCACGCUGUUUUCAUUGUUUAUUUUUUCUUCUUCUCCCUCUUAUCUCUCUACCGAAGCUGAGACCGAGUGGUUGGACUUGGCUUCUUGGCAUUAGUGUAAAUAAAAAUGAAUUAUUUUUU